UACAACAAACUCUCCAGAGUCUACCGUCGUUGUGCAUUGCAGUCGCACCCACACAUUCCACACUCUCCUACCGUCCUACGUCUCUCUCUGUAAUUUCGUUAUUGCGUAAUUGUACGAAAUCGCGUCAUCGCAUCGAUUACACGAACGAACGAAAUUUUUUUUUGGUGUGAUCAGUAGGCACAAUGAGUACGGAACAAACAACGACGCCGGAGAAGAAGGAGAAGGUGAAGAAGGUUGCGUUCUACAAGCUGUUCGAGUUCGCGGACAGAGUCGAUGCGGUUAUGAUGAUCGUCGGAUCGAUUUGUGCGGUUGCGAACGGCAUGUCGCAGCCUGUGAUGACGAUCAUCUUCGGUCAGGUUGUCAACAAUUUUGGUUCGUCGGAUUCUUCCGACGUUUUGGAUCAAGUCUCACAGGUAUGCCUGGAGUUUGUGUACUUGGCUAUUGGUACAGCCAUUGUUUCAUUCCUACAGAUGGCAUGUUGGGCUGUGACUGGGGAACGACAGGCCGCUCGCAUACGGGGUCUGUACUUGAAAACAAUACUAAGACAGGACAUAGCCUUCUUUGACACUGAAACAUCAACAGGGGAGGUCAUUGGAAGGAUGUCUGGAGACACCAUUCUCAUUCAAGAAGCUAUGGGAGAAAAGAUUGGGAAGUUUAUACAGUUUUUGUCAACUUUCCUUGGAGGCUUUGUCAUUGCCUUAAUUAAAGGAUGGCGUCUCACCGUGGUUUUGUUAGCGAGCAUACCAGUUAUUGCUUUUGCAGGCGGAACCAUGGCAAGUAUUAUGUCAAAAAUGGCAGGCCAUGUGCAACUAGCUUAUGCAGAUGCAGCAAUUGUUGUAGAACAAACAAUUGGAGGCAUUAGAACAGUUGAGUCCUUCACUGGGGAGAAACAUGCAAUAGAGAAAUAUAACAGCAAGUUGGGAAUUGCCUCUGCAGCUAUGGUAAAACAAGGGCUGACCUCUGGCUUCGGAAUUGGAACAUUAUUGCUUGUCUUCUUCAGUUCUUAUGGAUUAGCCGUAUGGUAUGGAUCCAAAUUGAUCAUAGAAAGGGGAUACGAGGGAGGACAAGUUAUUAAUGUUGUCUUGGCUAUUAUGAUUGGUGGAAUGUCAAUGGGCCAGUGCGCCCCUCCUUUAAAUGCAUUUGCUUCAGGGCAGGCUGCAGCCUAUAAGAUGUUUGAGACAAUCAAAAGACAGCCAAAGAUUGAUGUCUACGACACUCGUGGACUCAUAUUGGAGAACUUGAAUGGUGAUAUCGAACUCAAAGAUGUGCAUUUCAGAUACCCUGCCAGGCCAGAUGUGCAGAUCUUUUCCGGAUUCUCGUUACGGGUUCAUAGCGGCACAACUGUGGCUCUAGUAGGGCAAAGUGGAAGUGGGAAGUCGACAGUUGUCAGCCUAUUGGAGAGGUUUUAUGAUCCUGAUGCUGGGGAGGUUCUCAUAGAUGGUGUUGAUAUAAAGAAGUUUCAGCUUAAGUGGCUUAGAGAGCAGAUUGGGCUAGUUAGUCAAGAACCUGUACUGUUUGCAACUACUAUAAAGGAGAACAUCUUAUAUGGGAAAGUAAAUGCAACCAUUGAAGAGAUUAGAACUGCAAUUGAGCUUGCCAAUGCAGCAAAAUUCAUUGAUGAGCUGCCCCAGGGGCUUGACACAAUGGUUGGAGAGCAUGGCACUCAGCUAUCCGGCGGACAGAAACAGAGAAUUGCAAUUGCGAGGGCAAUACUGAGGAACCCCAAAAUUCUGCUCCUUGAUGAAGCAACAAGUGCUCUGGAUUCUGAGUCUGAGCGCAUUGUGCAAGAUGCACUAGUGAAAGUUAUGUCAAAUAGGACUACCAUUGUUGUUGCUCAUCGUUUGACAACUAUCAGGAACGCUGACAUGAUAGCGGUGGUUCAUCAGGGGAAGCUUGUGGAGAAAGGAACUCAUGAUGAAUUGAUCAGAAAUCCAAAUGGGGCUUACUCCCAGCUAGUUCGGCUCCAAGAAGGACACAGUAAAGAAGCUGAACACUCUCACUUGGAUGUAAAAUCAAGUUCGAAUAUGGAUUACACCAUGACAAGGUCUGCAAGCCGCAGUUUAUCCCUGCGUAGAUCCAUAAGCAAUGGCUCAUCUGGUAGCCGCCGGUCCUUCGCAAUUGCCUCAGUUGGCUCUGGUGUUCCUGGUCCCAUUGACGUUGAUGAUAGAGUAGACAGAGAGGAGAGUGUUAAAACAGGGAGAAAUGAGAUGAACGAAGAGAAACGUGAGAGAGUUUCCUUUGUUAGGUUGGCUUACCUGAACAAACCAGAGCUGCCAGCUUUGUUGCUUGGAUCUGCGGGUGCAGCUGUACAUGGUUUAUUUUUUCCACUAUUUGGUCUCUUACUCUCAACAGCAAUUAAAAUCUUCUUUGAGCCUCCAGCACAGCUACAAAAAGAUUCCAGGUUUUGGUCACUUCUGUAUGUGGGUUUGGGAUUCAUCAAUCUGGUAGCUAUACCAGUACAGAAUUACUUCUUUGGAGUUGCAGGGGGUAAAUUGAUAGAACGAAUUAGGUCCUUGACUUUUCAGAGGGUUGUGCACCAAGAGAUAAGCUGGUUUGAUGACCCUGCAAAUUCAAGUGGUGCCAUUGGUGCAAGGUUAUCAACUGAUGCUUCUACAGUGCGUACUGUUCUUGGUGAUGCCUUGGCCUUGUAUGUCCAAAAUAUAGCUACAAUCACAGCAGGGUUGGUCAUAGCAUUUACUGCUAACUGGAUAUUGGCAUUGGUAAUUUUAUGUGUGUUUCCACUGAUGCUUGCUGAAGGGUACUUUAAGUUCAAAAUCAUGAAGGAUUUCAGCGGUGCUGCUAAAGAUAUGUAUGAAGAGGCAAGUCAAGUGGCCAAUGAGGCAGUUGGUAGCAUUAGAACAGUUGCAUCAUUUUGCUCUGAGAAGAAGGUGAUGGAUUUGUAUGAAAAGAAAUGCGAAGGCCCCUUGAAGAGUGGUGUGCGAAUAGGACUUCUUAGUGGCACUGGUUUUGGCUUCUCUUUCCUUGUUCUCUACUGCACAAAUGCAUUCUGCUUCUACAUCGGUGCUCUUCUUACAAAACAAGGAAAAGCCACAUUUGGAGAAGUUUUCAAGGUUUUCUUUGCUUUUACUAUGACUGCAAUGGGGGUUUCCCAAACCACUGCCAUGGCUCCAGAUCAAAACAAAGCAAAGGAUGCAGUCACUUCAAUAUUUCGAAUUCUCGACAGCAAGCCAAAAAUAGACUCAAGCAGUGAUGAGGGCAUCACCCUUGCUCAUAUCAACGGUGACAUAACCUUUGAACAUGUCAGCUUCAAAUACCCAACUCGACCAGAUAUUCAAAUUUUCAAGGACUUGUGCCUCAACAUCCCUUCUGGAAAGACUGUGGCUCUUGUUGGGGAGAGUGGCUGUGGGAAAUCAACAGUAAUCAGCCUCAUAGAGAGAUUCUAUGACCCUGAUUCCGGUCAGGUGCUUUUAGAUACUGUUGAUAUCAAGAAGCUAAAACUAAAGUGGUUAAGGCAACAAAUGGGGCUUGUAAGUCAAGAGCCAAUCCUCUUCAAUGACACAAUCCGCGCCAACAUCGCUUAUGGUAAACAGGGAGAAGCCACUGAGGAAGAAAUCAUAGCAGCGGCAAAAGCAGCAAAUGCACACAACUUCAUAUCCGCUAUGCAGAAUGGCUAUGAUACCUCUACAGGAGAAAAAGGAGUGCAGAUGUCAGGUGGGCAGAAGCAGCGCAUAGCCAUUGCAAGGGCCAUAAUGAAGAACCCCCAAAUCCUUCUGCUUGAUGAGGCGACUAGUGCACUCGACGCGGAGUCAGAGCGUGUAGUGCAGGAAGCAUUAGACAGAGUGAUGGUGAACAGAACUGUUGUUGUCGUAGCUCACCGCCUUUCCACAAUAAAAGGUGCUGGCAUUAUUGCAGUAGUGAAGAACGGAGUUGUUGCUGAGAAGGGAAAGCAUGAUGUACUGAUGAAGAUCACCGAUGGGGCUUAUGCAUCCUUGGUGGCUCUUCACAUGACUUCUUCAUGA